CCUGCCCCCCCUUUGCCCUGUCCCAACCCAGUGCUUGGAGGGCUGAGGGGAGCAGCAGACAGGGGUGAGCGGGAGGGGGUUUAUUAACUCUUUUCCUGCUGUUUCCUUGCUCACCUUUCUGGACUUGUUGCUGGUCCAGCUGAGAAGGGGGGCACAGGGCUGGUGCUGGAGCGGUGGGGAAGCCCGCUGGGGUAGCACUGCCUCUGUGGUGCAGAUGGGUCCCCCACUGAGCACUGAAACAUUGGGGUUCAGGCGGGGGUUCUGGUGGCUGGAGGAAGAGCCAGGCCAGGGUGAGAGCAAAGGAGGAGGAGAUGCAGCCAGCGAGCACCUGGAGGGCCUGGGGAGAGAGCCGGAGGUGUCGUGGAUCCCCAACAAGCACUACUCCGGCAUCUAUGGGCUGAUGAAGCUGACGCUUACCAAGGCACUGCCCUCCAACCUCUCCAAGGUCAUUGUCUUGGACACUGACAUCACCUUCGCCACCGACAUCGCUGAGCUCUGGGCUGUCUUUGGGAAGUUUUCUGACAAGCAGGUGAUUGGGCUGGUGGAGAACCAAAGUGACUGGUAUUUGGGCAACCUGUGGAAAAACCACAAGCCGUGGCCGGCCCUGGGACGUGGCUUCAACACGGGGGUGACCCGGCUCCCCCUCGACCGCCUGCGUCGCCUGGGCUGGGAGCAGAUGUGGCGGCUGACGGCGGAGCGGGAGCUCAUGAGCAUGCACUCCACCUCUCUGGCUGAUCAGGACAUCUUUAACGCGGUGAUCAAGCAGGACCCGGCCCUGGUGUACCGUCUCCCCUGUUUCUGGAACGUGCAGCUCUCUGAUCACACCCGCUCGGAGCAGUGCUACACCGAGGUCUCGGAUCUCAAGGUGAUCCACUGGAACUCACCCAAGAAGCUGCGGGUGAAGAACAAGCACGUGGAGUUCUUCCGCAACCUCUACCUGACCUUCCUGGAGUACGACGGGAACCUGCUGCGCAGGGAGCUCUUUGGCUGUCCCAGUCUCCCCAGCCCACCCAGCGACCAGCUGCAGCAGGCACUGGAGGAGUUGGACGAGGACGAUCCCUGCUACGAUUUCCGCCGGCAGCACCUCACGCAGCACCGCGUCCACCUGUUCUUCCUGCAGUACGAGUUCCUGGCCCUUCCCAACCCCACCGAUGUCACCCUUGUGGCCCAGCUCUCCAUGGACAGGUUACAGAUGUUGGAGGCCAUCUGCAAACACUGGGCAGGCCCCAUCAGCCUGGCGCUGUACAUGUCGGACGCGGAGGCUCAGCAGUUCCUGCGCUAUGCCCAGGCCUCGGAGGUGCUGAGCACCCGCCGCAAUGUCGCCUACCACAUCGUCUACAAGGAGGGGCAGUUCUACCCCAUCAACCUCCUGCGUAACGUGGCCUUGGCCAACACGCAGACGCCAUAUGUCUUUCUGACGGACAUUGACUUCCUGCCUAUGUAUGGCCUCUACGAUUACCUCAGGAACUCCAUCCAGCAGCUGGAGCUGCCCCAGAGGAAGGCAGCUCUCAUCGUGCCGGCAUUUGAGACCCUGCACUACCGCUUGACCUUCCCCAAAUCCAAAGCAGAGCUGCUCUCCAUGCUGGACAUGGGCUCCCUCUACACCUUCAGGUACCACGUAUGGCCAAAAGGCCAUGCCCCAACUGACUACGCCAAGUGGCGGACGGCCACCGUGCCGUACCGCGUGGCGUGGCAGCCAGACUUCGAGCCUUACGUUGUAGUGAGGCGAGACUGCCCCAAGUACGACCAGAGGUUCGUGGGCUUCGGCUGGAACAAGGUGUCCCACAUCAUGGAGCUGGAUGCGCAGGAGUAUGAGCUGCUGGUCCUGCCCAAUGCCUUCAUGAUCCACAUGCCCCAUGCCCCCAGCUUCGACAUUUCUAAGUUUCGCCUGAGCGCGGGGUACCGGGGCUGCCUCCAGACGCUGCGGGAGGAGUUCCACCAGGACCUGUCGCGGCGGUACGGGGCUGCCGCGCUCAAAUACCUCACCGCCGAGAGGAGCCUGUGAUGCCUGGGGACAGUGGGUGCGGGGUGCUAGCAGCACAUUGGAGAGGGGGGGCGCAGGGCUUCCCUCCUGCCCUGGCCCACCACUGCAGCCUGGCCCGAGGGAACCGAGCCGGCAGCACGGCCUCUCCAGCCCAGCAAAGGGAUGCCCAUAGAUGAGAUGGAAGAUGCCAGCUGUGAGAACAGGCAGUGCCUGCAGGGCAAGCUGCUGCAGCGUGGCCAAGGGUUUUUUCAGGGCAGCAGCCUUCCUAUGUUACGGGGGAACCUCCCUGUGCCAGGGGCCAGGGGAACGGGUCUCCUCCCUCCCCUGUUUUAGCAGAUGUGGAUUCUCAGCCUUCGUUAGCUCACUUCAGCCUGGGGCCUGGCUCCUCAAGAAGCCUGGGAGCUGUACCUUACCCUGCUCUGCCUCUGCUUUGUGGUCCCAAGUCCCAGCCCCCGCACACCCCGCCGGGGCUUUGGUGAGUGGGAGAUAAGGAUGCAGAGCAUCCUUUUGCAUCCUUGGUGUAGCAGGCUCAGAGAAAGCCUCCCAGAGCCGUGGGUGUGUACCAGGAGUAGUGGAGACCUGGUUCAAGCCCGGACCAAGGCUGGCUGGUUAAUGGGGCGAACUAUUAUUACUACCCAUCCGUAUGGAUGCAGAGUCCCCCGUGGGGUUGGCCCAGCACUGGUGCUGCGGGAGCCGCCCAGGGCAGGGUGGGCUGUCUGCCUUCCCCAGCAGUGAGCGCCCAGAACGGGCCUGCACCUCCUGGCUGGAAGCAGCAAUGCUGGAGACACCCCAUCACCCCGUCCUGGGCCUGGCAGUGCCCCGCAGGGGCAGCACAUGCUUGGAGACAUUCCUGACAGGGGACCACCACGCUCCUCCCCAGCCCUUGGCAGCGCAGACCUUGCCCUCGACAGUCAGGGAUGUGGUUGACACUGGACAAGACCGUAGCUGAGCACUGUGGCGGGAUCCCCGUGCCGGGAGCAGCUUGGCCGGGCACUGUUCCACCGCUAUCACACACUGGAGCACAGAGGAUGCAUUGCUUUCCUCACGCUAUUUAAAUUAUUUAAUACUUUUCUCAUAAGAAUUAAAUGAUUAGGGUGUCUUGGGGGUUUUUUGGUUUGUUUAUUUUUUUUUUUAUCCUUUCUUCCUCCUGGAUGAUUUUGCUGGUGGCCCUGGAGGCUCUCCAGGCCAGUUGCUGCUGCAGUCUCUGCUGUUCUCUCCUUAGCGUGACUCUGGGCUGUAAGAGCCAGCUCUGUGCAGGUGUAGGAUUUCCGUCCACGGUGGGAGCCAUGCAAAGCGCGGGAUAUGGAAAGGGCACA